UCCACGUGCAACUACGGCAUAAUGGAGCUUAAGCAGAAGAAGCCAUUGGAAUCGGCAUCCGAUAAAGAAACGGAGAACAAACCCAUAAAGCGGCGCAAUCCGUUUAAUACACAGCGCCUAAAGGAGGAAAAGGAACGCAGGCAGAAGAAGCGCUCCCGUCUCAUAGUUCGUAACAUUAGCUACAAAUCCACUGACGAAGCUCUCCGCGAGUAUUUCUCGCAAUGGGGUACUCUGGUAGAAGUAAACAUACUGAAACGAGCGGAUGGCAAGCUGGUCGGUUGCGCCUUCAUCCAGUACGAUACAAUAAAUCAGGCUACCAAGGCAAUUCUGAAGGCCAACGGCAAGGAGUUCCUGGGACGACAGGUGUUCGUUGACUGGGCGCUGGGAAAAGAUGAUUACACCCUUAGACACCCAAAGAAUGACGAGCCGGAUGACAAAAAGCCGAAAGUUGAGGUAAAUGAUGAGGAGAGAGAAGAGGAUGGAGAAAAUGAUGAUCGAAAUGAUAAAUCUAAGGAACCUCAUGUCGACACAAAGACAGAAGACGAGGAGUCCGAAUCCGGGUCCGAAAAUGAGGAUGACGGCAGUGAAGACAAUGAAGAUAAGGAUGAGCUAAAGUCAAAGCUGAAAGUCGAGCCAGUCAAGAAGGAGAAACUUAUUUCAAACGAUGUGCAAGAAGGUUGCACUGUAUUUAUUAAAAAUGUGCCCUUUGAUGCCGAAGAUGCGGACCUUAGAAAGAUUUGCCGUAAAUUUGGCAUUGUUCAGUAUGCCAUAAUCAAUCGCGAACAUAUAUCGGGACACUCAAAAGGAACGGCAUUCGUGAAGUUCAAAACAAAAGAAUCUGCGGAUCUUUGUUUACAAGCGGGCGUCGAAUUCGUACUUAUGGACCAGGUGUUGGAGCCCAAUCCAGCGCUCAGUCGAGAUGAGAUUAAAACAAAGCAAUCGGAAAGCUCAAAAGAAGACGCCGGAAAGGAUUCGCGAAAUUUAUAUUUGGCCCGAGAAGGUCUCAUAAUGGCCGGAUCCAAGGCUGCCGAGGGCGUUUCUGCCGCAGACAUGAGCAAGAGGCAUCAGCUGGAACAGGUUAAAACACAGGUUUUAAAGAACCUCAAUCGUUUCGUUUCCCGCAAUCGAUUGUCCAUACACAAUCUUCCAUUAAACUACGACAAUGAGAAACUGAAACAAAUGGCCCUGGCUUACACCGGCUUUCGUCCACAUGAGUGUCGUGUAAUGCGCGAACAGAAGAUUACUCCUGAGCAUCCACAGGGUAAAUCCAAGGGCUUCGGUUUUCUUUCAUUCGAGUCUCACCAAAGGGCACUAACUGCAUUAAGGAAGCUAAACAAUAACCCAAGCAUAUUUGGAACGCAGCACCGACCUAUUGUGGCUUUUAGUAUUGAAGAUCGCGCCGUACACAAAAUCAAAGAGAAGCGCAAUGAACGCUCGAAACAAAACAAUCCCACGUAUCAGUCUAAGUUGAAGGAGCAAAAAGAACGUCGUCAGCAAAAACGGAUUGGUUCAAAGACCGCGCGCCUAGCUCCGCCAACCGAUAAUAAAGUCAAAGUGCAGAAACAAAUAAAGAAGUUGGAAAAAACACGUGCCGCCAAAGUUAAUGGAAACGAUAUACCAGAGAAAAAAACAAGUGACUUUGACGAUGGAUAUGUGGGGACAGCAGCAAAACCGGGCACAUCAUUACGUAUGCGCUCUAACAAAAAGAUCAAGGAACAGGCGGAGGAGCACAUGAAACGUGUAAAGAAGGAGAAACGCAAACAGAAGAACAAAAAGAUAAGGGAAACCCACCUGGCCGAGCGAAAGUCGUCCAAUAGACCGAAACAAGGACGCAAAAAUGAGAAAGAUGACCUGCGGCCUUUAAUAAACAAAUAUAAAAAUAUGAUAAGUGGAAAUGAGGAUGGCACUAAUAUAAAGGGUGUUAAAGAUGGCAAAGUUAAGAAACCAAAGCGUACGAAAUGGUACGCAGAUUAAGAAAAUGGUUAAAUAUUAUAUGUUAGCAAUAAAAUGAGAUAAAUACGGAAAAA